AUGGAAUUACACAAAUCGAUCAACCCGUACGCAUUGGACGUGGAUUCUGACCCCAGCUUUUCAGAUUCAGCGCCUUUCAUUGUCGAUUGGAACAAGUGCCGGACAACGUCGUUUAUAUUCUUAUCUGUGUCGAUGAUUUUCAUCGGUCUGCACCAUUUGAAACCGGAGGACCAACUAUUGGUGCAAAACAAAAGUUCAGAAGCUUUCUUUGUAAAGAAUCACGCCUUCGAUUGUCGUAAGAUAUUCAGCAACGAUACGAGAGAAAUACUAGCCGCAAUGGGUGACAAACGGUCGAUUAUGACCGAGUACGAAUCCUACCGGUUGUUCGGUGACUGUUCGAAGUUGUUCGUUCGCCAUUAUUAUCCAUCGGUGCCGAGAACGGCUGAAGAAGAAGCUUUUCCUCUGGCCUACGUUGUCCUGGUUAACCAGCACUUGGAGCAGAUAGAAAUCUUGCUGAACGCCAUCUACGCCCCUCAGAAUCUUUACUGCUUCCACGUCGACCUGAAAGCCUCGCAUCUCAUUCAUGCAGCCGUUGAACGUCUAGCGAGAUGUUUCCCGAACGUGGCUGUAAGCCGUCGCUCGUUCCCCAUUUCACGGGCAACAAUAGACACAGUCGAAGCAUUUCUCGAAUGCAUCGAAGAGCUGUACCAGCUGGAACAGCGAAACAAGGUCACCAAUCCCUGGCGGUACUUGAUCAUUCUGCAGAAUCACGACUUUCCCCUGCGAAGCAACGCUGAAAUAGUGCGUAUUAUGCGACUGCACAACGGCGCCAACGACGUUCAACUGACCAGUUUCGAUCCUCAAAGAAUCGAGAUGAUCUGGAAGCCACUGCUGAAUGCUGACGGUGCUCCGGAAGGAGUCGAGAAGAAAACGGGCGUUUCUCGAGGACCCCCACCUGAAAACCUGAAGCUCUUCAAGGGUAGUGUGUCCGUUCGUAAGCUUUUGGAGUACCUGCGAAACUCCUCUUUCGGCGACGAACUCUUCUGGUCGACUCUGAACCAUAACGAACACCUGAACUUGCCUGGCACCUAUCCGGGUCGUUGCUUCACUGUUAAAAAGUACAAAAUGCAUAUCACUCGGUUCGUCAUCUGGAAGAACAGCGUGCACCCAUGCAAUGGUCGCUGGCGAAACAAAGUCUGUCUCUUGUCGUCGUCUGACCUGCCGUACAUCGUGCGCAGGCGCGAACUGUUCGUGAACAAAUUGUGGCUGCCUGACGAUCCGAUCGCCGUAGACUGUAUGCACGAACUGUUGUUCAACAGAACCUAUCUCAACGAUGACGCAACCGCUUUUGACAUUAACACAUACGUAAACUUGACCGCAGUAAGGCACAGGGAUUGGCAGCUCAGAACGUCAUCGAAUAAUAAUUCGCAAUUUCCUUGUCCGAGCUGA